UAGCGAUGGGCAUUAUAGUAAACUAAAAGCAGUUAAAUUAGUGAUGUGGAAGUGGGAGAGUCAACCGUUUGAGGCCGUCGAAGAAAUAGAGAAAGGGCGCAAAACCGGGAAAUUCGUAGUAUCCAUUCCCUCUCUAUCUUUUAUUCUCAUUUGCAAAACCGAAGCGCACAACCCUCUCUCUCUCUUUUCAUUUUUUUCAAGAAUCAAAAUUUUUUUUUCUGGGUUUUUCUUUAUCUCUUUAAUAUCGAAUUGGGCUUUUGCCAAAUUCCCAAGGUCUUUCACAAAUGGGUUCGGAUUCUAUCUCUUGCUCUCCUGCACCUGCUCUCCCAAAAGAUUUGGUCAAGAAGAAAAGGGUAAUGUCUAAUACGAACAGGUUGGCCAAAUUGAGGCAGAGCAAGCUCGACGUUCGGAGAGAACAAUGGCUUUCUCAAGUUAAGAGCAAGGGAUGCAAGGUGGAUUCAAAUGAGAAGGGAAAGUCUCCACCAUGUAUACAAAUAACCAGUGAACAGAAUAGAUCAUUGGAUAAUUUGGAAAUGAGGUCAAGAGGAAGGUGUAACAAGGAUUUGAGAAUCCAUAACAGUGAUUUGGAGUCUUUGAUGAAUAGUCCAAAUCUUAAUGGUUCAAAGAAUCUUAGCAACAGUGGAAGUAGUGGUCAUUGUUGCUUUGGAAGCAUCAGUGAGGAAGAAAUAGAUGAUGAGUGCCUAGAUGACUGGGAGGCCAUCGCAGACGCUUUGAAUGCAGAUGACAAUCAGGUUAACUCAUCCUCUGAUUCUCUUUCUAAACCUGACAUUAGAUUUGGAUCACCUGACCCUGAACUACCUAACAAGAACCCUGGUAACGAUUUGUUAAAAACAGAGAUUAAAAACAUGGUUCCCAGGUCACAUGGGAAUUGUCGUGCUUGGAGACCUGAUGACACUUUCCGUCCUCAGUGUCUUCCUGACCUCUCAAAGCGACACAACUUUCCAGUAAGUUCGGAUAGGCAUUGUGGACGUGGAGCCAUCGCAUGGGCAUGGCAAAGUAUCAUGGCCCAGCCAUCUUCCUGUCCUAUAUGCUAUGAGGAAUUAGAUAUGACAGAUGCUAGUUUUCUCCCUUGUUCAUGCGGUUUUCGGCUUUGCCUUUUUUGUCACAAAAGAAUUCUUGAGGCAGAUGAGCGGUGUCCUGGGUGCAGGAAGCAGUAUGAUACUGUGAAUGGAGAUAUAAGCUUCAAUGGAGGGGUUAUAACUUUUAGAGUAGCUCAAUUAUGAAGUAUGAAUACUAGGUCGUCGAGACUUCCAAAUCAUUUGAAUGGUGUGCAUAUCACGUUUAGUUGCUUAUGUUUCAGUAUGGCUGUCAAACUUUCAUUUGAAUUGAGGAAAAUGAGGGCCAAGUGUGGGAGUUUGAUGCAGCUUAGGAGCUGAGCUGGAAAUCCAUUCACCGCAAGGAAAACUAGUUGCAAUUAUGUAAAAAAACAGGGGGUGGUGUAGAUUUUGAAACUUUGAGAAUCAAUAUAGACCUGUCAUUUUUCUUGUGCUG